GCGGUCCGCCGGGUGCGAGUGGGGCCGGGUCCGGCGCUGCCGGCGGGAUGACCGGGGCCGAGGAGCCGGCGAGGCCGAGCGGCCGUGGGCCCGGAGGAGGAGGAGGGGGGGAGGGGGCGAAGAAAAGAAAGAAAGAAAUGUCUUCUAAGUCAGAGAAAAGGCCAGAAAGUGAGGCCAGACCUCCAGGGGUGACAGCAAAGCCUCAGGGACAAGACAGCGAAGAAGAGGGCAUGUUCCAGAUUGGGAAGAUGCGAUAUGUCCGAGUGUCCUGCUUCAAGGGGAAGGUCCUCGUGGACAUCAGGGAGUUCUAUGUGGACAAGGAGGGAGACAUGAAGCCGGGGAGGAAAGGGAUUGCCCUGUCUGCAGAACAGUGGAACCAGCUGAAGAAAAUCAUUCCUGAUAUUGAUGCUGCAGUCAAGAUAUUCUAAGACGAAGAAUGUUGGACACUUUCAGUCAGUUUCUUUCCCUUUGAAUGCACUGAGAAUCCUAGGGCCAAGAAUUCCUACCCGGAGCUUUUCCCUCGCCUGGCUGGGGCUUCGUCAUUGAGGUGGUGGUAAUGCUAAAAAGGCCAGAGACUCUUCUUAUUUUCAAGAACUAGCUUGUAAUGAGCAGGUGGAACUAGAGCCAGUGCUGUGAAGUAAGACUAAGGCACUUCUGCUCUCAAGCAGCCUUGAGGUCUGUGCUAGUGAGGGAACCAUGACUCCAGCCUGGCUUUCCAGGGGUGGAUGGCUGGCAGUCUACCCUGUGGAGUGAUUUGACUGCUCCGCAUCUGUUACUGUCUUCCACUUGGUUGGGUGUUGAGUAAGAUGGCUUUUGUAUACUUCAUGUUGGCAUCUUCUGUGUUUCUUCCACAUGCCAUUUUGGCUAUUCCAAGUACUUUCUGUGUUUGUGGGACAUUUUUUUUUUUGAGUGAAGAAGGGUGUUGUUAUACUUCAGCAACUGGUUUGUUUGUAGAGGGUGAAUACGCACAAUAAAUGUGUUUGCAUUAUAAGGAGAGGUAGUGUUUCACAGGCUGGCAACUUAACUCCUUGUUUCAGGCACCCUUCUUGGUAGGUUGCUAUCGUAUUUCUCUUUCAAGAGAGUGCUCUUUAGUGUUUAUUCUUAUGAUAUAGUCCCAAUAAUCCUGCAGUCAGACGGCAGUCUACUCCAGGCCAUGGGAAAGGCAAGCUAGGAUGUGAAUCAUUCAAAGGAGCUUGUAAGUAGGAGGCUUAUUAAACAGAGGGGAGAUUAAAAGCCUAAGAUAGAAAGAGGAAAAAUUACAAGCUGUGGAAAGAGUAGAAGGAGGGUGUUUUCUGCUUGAGCUCUGAACGGUUCACACUCUGAUAUUGGCUGUGGCAAGCACAGCCUUCCUCAGCAAGACUUUUCCAGACUUUGCAACAGCUUGCGUCUUCCAUCUAUUUUAGGUUCUUCCCUUGCCCUGGUUUCCAUAGUAUCCGAAUGCUUCCUGCUCUUAAAUAUAUCCAUCUGACACUUGCAACACCUCAGUGAAGUAGGAGGUACUAAGGCCCUUGCUCUGUAGAGGUGCUGGGGCUGCAACCGCUCAGGGUUGGGUGGAAGAUGCGGGGUGGAGCUGUGAACUGAAAAUAAGCUUUCCUAAAUGCUGAACUUGUAACUGCUGUAACUUUUGCUAGGGAUAGCAAGAGAGCAAAAAAAAUCUUUCCCCAUAAAACUGUCUCUUAACUAAAUUUUGAAGGGCUUGGUCCUGUAGCUGCGUGGGGGGGGUGGAAAUGGGCAGACUUAAUGACUGAGGCAUUCCCCUCUGAUCCUGCGUUCAGCUAGUCUCUAGCCCAGUGUUGUACUUCUUUGACUCCAGUAGUGAGAGAGCAUCAGUGUACUACACUGUCGCAAAAGCAGGUUGUUUAUGCUGCAAGCUUAUUCCUGGGGAGUAUCACUGAUAUAAUGCCGUAAUACACUCUUCAGAGGCUAAAUGUAAUGGGAAGAUAAAGAACUUAGGAAAAAAAAAAAAAGAGAAAAAGGAAAAAGCAGGCUGAGAAGGUAACUUCCCAGUA